AUGCCCGACUCGCAUCCCCUCGCGCUGCCUCCGACCCUGUCCCCCGACUCCCUCGACGUCCUUACCCACCUUUCCACCAUCCUCUCCGAGGUCCGUACCACCCUGCAGACCUCGACAGGCCUAGAAGCCGACAACGAGAAGAAGGAUGGGCCCUCUUCUACGGCAGGGACCGUUGGCGGUGGCGGCGGCGGUCCCGGCUCAUCGGGUGCUCCCGGCGGCUCGGGACUUACGUUCAAGGACGUCGCCGGUGCCAGCGACGUCAUCAAGCACAAGCUGCAGCGGGCGCGGGACCAAGUGCGCACCCUGCCAGACAUGAGCCGCGGGCUGGACGAGCAGGAGGCCGAGAUAAGGGAGCUCGAGGCUCGUAUUCAGCGCCAGAGGACCCUUCUGCAGCGUCUGCGUGACGAGAGUGUUACCCUGGCUAAGGACCAGGAGAGUACUGCGCCUGGCGACAAGAUGGAGAUCUGA